UUAUACAUGCCGUCAUGCCUACUUUAACAGCCACGCUAGCUCUCGUGAAAUCGCUGGCCUUUGUAGCCACAACAUUCACAUUGUAUUGGAGCGUUUUUCGUAUCUACGAUCUUCCCAAACAGAAUUUCUAUGACGGUAAAAACAACAUGUCUUCAAGUGUAUUCACCAGCGAUACUUUGCCUUCAGACGAGCGUCUUAUGGCUACGAUUGGCAAUGGAUUCCUCGCGACGAGAAUUUUUAGCGAUACGAUAUUCGUGAGCGGUGUUUACAACGGACGCAGACGGCAGCCCAGCCACAGGGCAAGGAUACCGUCGACAGUGGACAUACGCAUGUCCCUUGAAAACGGGGUUGUCGCUACGAACACAACCUAUUCUUUAGAUGUCGAAAGAGCUGUGUUUACACAUCGAGUUGAUGGUAAUGAUUUUGUAGUAGAGGAAUUAAUAUAUGCCCAUAGAAAGCUUGAGAACCUAAUUGUUGUCGAAAUAAGAGUGAAGAAUUCGCAGGAAAAGGCGCUAAAUAUCGGUCUGUCUACGUCCAGAGGGAACACGAGCGACGAUUUACACUUCACCGAUCUUCCACGAGCUAAAUUUCCACCGGGAAGCACGGAUCUUCGGGCAAACUACGGAAUGAUAAACACCACUGAAGAGGCAGACAGCAGGAGGGUUGAUGUGGCUGUAGUUUGGAGCAAGGUUCCCGAGUCUUUGGUCGUCGAAGCGAAAAGCAACAGGACUUUCUAUUUUGUGACUGCAAUUGUCACAACUCUGAACACGGUUACCUACUUGGAUACUGCUUUCGAUUGUCACAAACAGGCUCUGAUUCUCGCGAAGGAAGGUGGUCUUCUGGACGGGCACACAAAAGAAUGGGCUGGGCUCUGGCAGCAAUCUGGCAUCGACGUUCUGGGUGACUUGAAACUAGCACAAGCAAUUCAAGGGAGUUUGUACUAUAUUCUUAGUUCCAUUCGUUCAUCGUGGCCGUACGGGUUAAGUCCUGGAAGUCUUUCAAGCAACGACUAUUGGGGACACUCGUUUUGGGACACGGAGACCUGGAUGUAUCCAUCACUGCUCAUGUUGUACCCCGAGAUCGCCCGAAGUCUUUUACUCUACAGGUUUCAGCGCAUGGAUGCUGCCAGGGUGAAUGCCAAAAAUCACAACGUGUCUGGCACGAUGUUUCCAUGGGAAAGUGCAUUUACAGGCUGUCCAGUUUGUCCCGAGGAAGUAUACUCGAAUUAUGAAAUUCACGUGAAUGGUGACAUUGGUUUUGCCGUCGAGCAGUUCUGGAUGGUAACGCAAGACCAGGAAUGGUUAAACGAGGUCGGAAUACCUUUGAUAAGCGGCAUCGCGGAAUUCUGGGCUAGCCGCGUGACGUAUGAUGACGUUGCCAACGAUUACGUCAUCAACGCGGUGAUGUGCCCGGAUGAAUACCAUUCCAACGUCAAUAACUCUGCGUUCACGAACGCCGUCGCCAAGCGAAAUCUCGAGUUUGCGAGCAAAAUUGUACCAUCCGCGCCGGCGAAAUGGUUAGACAUUGCACAGCGACUGCGCAUACCGUUCGACGACGCGCUUCGGUACCAUCCGGAAUACGACGGAUACAAUUUGAAUGUCACUGUCAAGCAGGCCGAUGUUAUUUUGCUUGGCUACCCUUUGAUGUUUAACAUGAGUGAAGAAGUGCGCAAAAAUGAUCUCGUGAUCUACGAGCCACGAACGGACCCCGACGGGCCAGCGAUGACUAAAGCCAUGUUCACUAUUGGUUGGUUGGAGCUCGGAAAGGACCGUAAUGCCUCGACUUCGUUUCGAGAAAGCUAUCAAAAUGUGCGCGAGCCUUUCAAGGUCUGGACCGAGUACCCUUCGGGGGAUGGAGCCGUGAAUUUUAUUACCGGUAUGGGCGGAUUCCUACAGGCGGUUAUCUUCGGGUACGGAGGUCUACGAAUACAUCCCGAUGAAAUCCGACUGAAUCCUAAACUGCCCGAGAACGUUACCGAGUUACCUGUCCGCGGUUUGCAUUAUCGUGGUAACGUAUUCGAUUUGAGAAUCGGUCCAUCUCAGACCAGAGUCGGUGUGAGAUACGCCGACAUCGAAGCGAGGCCGCUACUGUUGCAAGUCGUUAAGAGCAGAAAACAGUUUAACUUGAACGUUGGUGAAAACAUUACAUUUCAAAAUAGCGAAGUAAUCAUUAGAGAACAUGAUCAAAACACUAAGAUGGCAUAGAACUGCAGUUUAAAUCAUCCUUACCGGAAUACGAAUAUACCAGAGUAUGACCUAUGACAUACCAUAGGCUAUGCAUGCAUUGCUAUGAAAUUAUCAAUAAAAUUAAUAAAAUAUUAUUUCUUUCAAUUCUGUACCUCAUUUUAUUAGAUUUACAGAGUGUGACUUUUUAACAUGGCCGACAUGGGCUUCAAAAAUUCACACCAGAUGCGUGAUCUAGUCUGAGAUUCGUGACAUUCGUCAGCUAUUUUGUCAUCGUCGUUUUAUCCGUUGCUAAAUCAGUAUUUGGGCGCCAUUAAGUUUUAUAAACUAUACAUGAAACACGUACAGAAAACAUGAAACACGUACGGCAAACCUUGAUUUACUUUUUUGCUCAAAAGGCUACGUUCACAGGAGGAAAUUGGACGAAUUCAUCUGGUUGUGUGAACGUAGUCUCAACGGCAAACACACUUAUUACAAUAGAAGCUAACCUUUGAAGUAGAAAUACUCGAAUAACCUUUAUUGUCCUACAAUUUCAACUUUCCUUCGCCUCAAACUCUUCUCGAAACUCUUCUUGUGCUUUCCAUGUUCCAAAACUAGAAAAAUCGAGGUUUUCAUAGCGAAAUACGGCAUGAAAAAGCAUGCUUCUUGUGGGCAAGUUCACCUGGCCUAACCGA